UAAUACAAAACCUCACAAUAAUGUCUGAUUGAAUGCUAAAAACGUUAUGACAGACCGCCUUAAAAAAUGGGAAGGAAUUUUUCAUUUUCUACUGAAUGAGACACCCAGAAAGCAAAGUACAUGACAAUAAUGUGGGAUUUACAAUAUUAACUAUGAAGCAUAAAACACUGAAUACUGACAACAUAUGAACGUUGAUCCUCUUUUACUUCUCACACCCCUUUUCGAUCUACAUUAUUUACAAUCAAGCGAAACACAACGAAAAUGCAACAAACACGGCGAAAUAUGAACGUGAAGAGUAAAAAAAACCCACCUACAAUCUGAUAUAAUAUCACUUUUAUUGCUGAACUUUGUUGUAAAAAUCUCCUUCCACGUCUCAGGCUUUAGAAACACUCUGUGGAAACGCUCCCCACCCACACUGCUUGGUGCCUCGUGGCUUACAUUACCAUAGAAACUAAUCAGAUGACCACAAUAACUAAUUAGAUUACCAUAGUAACUAGUAUAUCAUGCAAAAGCGCAGAUUCCAACCAUUGAAAUACUUUGUAUAGUUCAGGGGUCGGCAACCCAAAAUGAUGAAGGAGCCAUAUUGGACCAAAAAUACAAAAACAAAUCUGUCUGGAGCCACAAAAAAUUAAAAGCUAUAUUACAUACAUAUAGUGUGUCAUGAGAUAUAAAUUGAAUUAAGAGGACCUAAAGGAAACUAAAUGGCCUCAAAUAUACCUACAAAUGAGGCAUAAUGACGCAAUAUGUACAUAUAUAGCUAGCCUAAAUAGCAUGUUAGCAUCGAUUAGCUUGCAGUCAUGGAGUGACCAAAUAUAUCUGAUUAGCACUCCACACAAGUCAAUAAUAUCAACAAAACUCACCUUUGUGCAUUCACGCACAACAUUAAAAGUUUGGUGGACAAAAUGAGACAGAAAAAGAAGUGGCAUAAAACACGUCCUAGAAAGUCGGAGAAAGUUAUACAUGUAAAAAAACUAUGGUGAGUUCAAGGACCGCCAAAAUUAGUAGGACAAAAUGGCGCUCGCCAAAUUCUCGAAUCAGUGAAGCAUGUUUAAUAUAAACAGUGUGCAUUAUAACAAUUAGGGAGAUUUGUGUCAUGUUUAUCCUCCUACAGAAACCAUAUUAAAACAAAAAAUAUAUAUUUUUUCCCCUCAUCUUCUUCCAUUUUUCAUACAUUUUUGAAAAAGCUCCAGAGAGCCACUAGGGCGGCGCUAAAGAGCCGCAUGCGGCUCUAGAGCCGCGGGUUGCCGACCCCUGGUAUAGUUGAAGACUUACGGUCAUUUGAAAACAUGGCAGCUACAGUUUCCAUCUUAAAGAUCUAAAAAAAUUAUUUGGGAAUGUCCGGCGGGCCAGAUUGAAAAGCUCAACGGGCCGCAUGUGGCCCCCGGGCCUUAGUUUGCCCAGAUCUGCUGUUGAGUGCUGACAGGUUUACUGCAGCACAUUACUACAGUACAACAGUUUGACAUUUGGAGGCAUGAUCAUGUCAACAUGCAGGAACAUGUCCCGCUGUGACUCAUGAGUGAAGAAGAGUGCAACUUCCCACACACAGAACCUCCCGGGUUCUUUGUCCGCUCAUGCCCCCGCAAAGCCACGCCCCCUUGUGCUCUCCAUGCUUUCAUCUUUAAAAAAAUAGUGGAGUAGCGGGAAAGUGCGUGUGUGCUGGUUGUUGAGUCAUACGUGGGCGUGCGGCAGCUAUGAAAAGCAGCGUGCGAGCCCAUCUGCGGACCACAACAUUGGACCUGGCUGGGACGCCCUGCUGAUUGUCUUCAUAGUCGUCCAUUUGCUGCCGAAAAUGCUGAAGACUCUGCUGACGCUCAUGUACCUCCUGGUUCUGGCCUCCGGGGUCAAGAGACACGGCCCUGGGGCAUCUCCGUCGGUGGCCGGCGGGGGGAGGUUCCACCUCCAGGGCACCAUGAACUGCACCUGGGUGGCCCGGGAGAGCGACCCAGACUCUGUGAGGGUGUCGGUGAAGUGCGAGGACCCUGUGGCGCGUGUCCAAGGCGGGGAGACCGACAUGGAGUGCGCCUACGACGGCAAGCCGCAGAUCUGCCCGGCCUACCGCUCCGACCCCAAGGGCUUCUGGAGGCAGAUGGGGCGCUCCUUCAAGAAGCUCGGGGCGGACAUGUGCAAGGAUGAGAAUGCGCAGGUGAGGGCGAGCAUGUGCAAGCGAGCUCCCCGCGACGCUCACUUCAAGCUGGACAUCGGGAGCUCUGUCAUCGGCGCACAGUCCGGAGGUAUGGAUCUCCCGCCCUCCGCCCCGCUCCUACCCACGCCCUGCCCUGAGACCAGGAGGCGGGCGGAGGAGUACUGCAGCAGCUCCUUGGCCAACGUGUGCGCCUUCUUUUUGAUGAUGAUGCAGAAUGACGACUGUUAGGACACUUGCUCGACCACUUCAUGGACAUGAUGUUUAUUCUUUUGUCUUGUCUUGACAACUCAGUUGGCGCCACUGUCUUUCUUUUCAAUAUAUAUAUAUAUAUAGGGGCGGUAUAGCUCGGUUGGUAGAGUAGCCGUGCCAGCAACUUGAGGGUUGCAGGUUCGAUCCCCGCUUCCGCCAUCCUAGUCACUGCUGUUGUGUUCUUGGGCAAGACACUUUACCCACCUGCUCCCAGUGCCACCCACACUGGUUUAAAUGUAACGUAGAUAUUGGGUUUCACUAUAUAAAGCACUUUGAGUCACUAGAGAAAAGUGCUAUAUAAUUCACUUCAAUAUCUAUUUUAUAAUAAAUACAGAGUAUAAUUUCUAUUGUAAAUCAAAAUGUAUAAAUACAAUGUUCUCAUAACCCCUAA